UCACUAGUUCGUGUCUCAUCGGAUUCUAUAAAAACGUUUUUCUCCAAGUGCAGUGCCUCUGAUCCUAUCCGCCAGGGGGCGCGGAGGAGACGUUCUACAAAGUCCUGCGCCUGCGCAGUGCGCUUAGAGCGGUAUCAAAAGGAGCCAUGAUGGAUGUGUUUGUUGUUGCUCCGAGCUUCAGAUUCAGGUGUUACAGCCGCGAAUUCCCACCCGGUUCUAUAGUCAGAGAUGUUCUGGAACGGUUCGUUCCGCAGCAGGACUUCUAUGUCACCACCAACGGUCAUCUGAGCCAGCUGGAGGACCGGUUGCAGAAUGGAGCAGUCUACCACCUGGAACCCCGGCUCUGUGGAGGGAAGGGAGGUUUUGGCUCCAUGCUCCGAGCUCUUGGAGCUCAGAUUGAGAAGACCACCAACAGAGAGGCCUGCAGAGACCUGAGCGGACGGCGCCUCAGAGAUGUCAACCAUGAGAAAGAGAUGGCAGACUGGCUGAAGAAGCAAGCGGAGCGUGAAGCAGAGAAGGAGCAGCGGCGUCUGGAGCGGCUGCAGAGGAAACUGGCCGAGCCAAAACACCAGUUCACUGACCCGGAGUACCAGCAGCAGUGUCACGACCUGAGCGAGAGGCUAGAGGACUCCGUGCUGAAAGGUCUGCAGGUGUCUUCCAGUGGCCAGGUGAAGGUGGGAGAUGUAUCAGCCGCCAAGAGACCCAACGUGGAUCAGAACCAAGCCUCGCUGAAAAAGAAGAGGAAGACUGCAGCAGCAGUCGGGUUCUGGACAGGACUGGGCAAGCUGAGUUCAGAGGAUGAAGACGAUGAAGAUGAUGAUGGAGGAUCACCACCCAGCAGCAGAGGAGCUGCUGUUACCAUGACGAUCCAGAGGGAGGGGGUGGACCAUGAACCCAACAGCAGCUCGUCUGACUGUAGCUCCUCUUCAGCUGGUCCAACCUUAGCAACAUCAGAAAACCAGAAACCCGGACCUCCAACAGAACCAGUCGUUGAUCCACCAGAGGAUCAGGAACAUCCUGCGCCGACGAGCAAUGAACCACAACAGGUUCUGUCCCAACAGCUGGAUCUGUCCUCUGUGACGUCCGUCCAGCAGCUGGAAUCUUUGGGUCUGGGCAUCCUGAAGGAGGAACUCAUGCGACGGGGGUUAAAGUGUGGGGGAACGCUGUUGGAGCGCGCUGCCAGACUGUUCUCCGUUAGAGGACUGAGUCCAGAUCAGAUCGACCCGGCGCUGCUCGCCAAACCCAAGAAGUAAAGGGGGAAUUUUUUUUUUUUUUAAAUCGCACCAACAGCUGAGGAAGACAGAACUCCUGGGCCAGGAAGUUCCUCUGAUCCAGAACUUCCUGCCUGGAAUAAAGCUGCAGGGAUCAGAUCUUGGAAUCGUUUUAUUGAUGAUGUGUCAACAUUUGAGAUGAUUGGUCAGAAGUUUGCAAAUUGUUUUCAAUAAAGCCAAACUUUUAAUAAA